ACACCUUAAUUUGGAUCAUAUUCUUGCAGAUCUGGCCCUGAAAAUGCUAAAUCAGAAGGAAUCGCUGGCUUUUGCUCGAGGUGAUGAUAGUGAGACUGGUUUGCAUGUCUUGGCCAGAAAGCCUUCUUCAGUUUGUAGUUGCGGAAGUCAACUGCGAUAUCCAAGACACCUCCUGCAUUUCUACAAGAAGGACCCUCCAGUUCUGAAACUUACAAAACGCAUGUGGGAGAUAUUUCUUACCUUGGAUGAUUCAGAGUUUAUGGAUGCCAUAAGAGAGCCUACACAAGUAACAUUCCUUGCCGUAGAAGUUGGAAAUUUCGAGUUUCUAUCUGGUGAUGAGCACUUAUCCUGAUUUGAUUUGGGAAUUAAACACCUUAGGUCAAAGUAUAAUUCACGUUGCUGCUUUGCACCGUCAUUCUAGCAUCUUCAAUUUGAUACACGAAAUAGGACAAACCAAAGAUUUCGUAUUAACAUUUAUGGAUGAUGAAGGCAGCACUUUACUCCAUUGUGUUGCAAAAUUAGCACCACAAGAACGACUUAAUAUAGUUUCUGGAGCAGCUCUUCAAAUGAUGCUUGAGUUGUCAUGGUUUGAGGAGGUAAAAAAGAUAAUGCUACCAUCAUUUAUAGAGCUGGCAAACCAUGAAGGCAUUACUCCACGAGAACUAUUCAUCAAGGAUCACCAAGAGUUGCUAAAAAAGGGAGAGUCAUGGAUGAAAAGAACAGCUAACUCUUGUAUGGUUGUUUCAACCCUAAUUGCAACAGGAGUGUUUUCUGCUGCCUUCAGCGUCCCAGGUGGUAACAACGACAACUUAGGAUCUCCCAAUUAUUUGACGAAACCCUGGUUCAUGGUAUUUGCAUUAUCAGAUGCAUUGGCAUUGGUCUCUUCCUCAACCUCAAUCCUAAUCUUCUUGUCCAUCCUCAUUUCACGAUAUGCUGAGGAAGACUUUCUCAAGUCAUUGCCAUUGAAGUUGAUAUUUGGACUAGUGGCAUUGUUUAUCUCAAUUAUCAGCAUGAUGGUGUCAUUUAGUAGUGCUUUCUUCAUAACGUAUUACCAUGGUACAACGUGGGUUCCUAUCUUCAUAGCUUCACUUGCGAUUUUACCAAUAACCUUGUUUAUAUUUCUGCAGUAUCCUCUCUGGUAUGACAUAUUGUAUUCCACCUACAUUUGUGGUUCUCUGUUUAGACCAAGUAAACGCAUGAUUCACUAG